GCAGGUUUGCCAACCACGAAAGAGAGAGAACCAGCAAAUAAGAGCCAAGUCCCCAAAAGCCAAGGAGGAGCAGAACCAAAACCCGAAGCGCCGGUGGAUACUGACCCCGAGGAGGAUGCCUGCCGCACCGCUCAGCUUCCCGCAAGGGGGCCGAAACAGAAG